AUGGGGGUCUCUAACAAAGGACAUUUGGAUCAAGGAUGUGGGCUUACUAUAAAUGUUCAGAAAUCUGUUUUGCAACCUACACAGGAUAUUAAAUAUCUUGGGGUUGUGCUAAAUUCUGCUGACAUGACUGUCGCCUUGCCUCCCGUUAGGAAAGAACGCAUUAAGGCACAAGGCAGGCUCCUACUAAAGAAAGAGGUCACCUUGCUUCAUUUGUCCUCCUUCAUUGGUCUGACUGUAGCUUCGGAUCCAGCUGUAGAGUUGGCUCCACUGCGAUACAAAUAUCUUGAGAUAAUUCGGAACAGAGAACUUACCAGGACACAUGGUAAUUAUAAUUCAAAAAUUACUUUGGAUGACCAUGCUAGGGAACUAAUCUAUUGGUGGAUUCACAAUGUAGAUUCUCAGGUAAAAUCACUAAGAUCUUCUUCCCCCCAACUAGUUAUGUUCUCAGAUGCCUGCCUGACAGGUUGGGGUGCAGUAGUAGGAGAUGCUAAGACGGGGGGCCACUGGGCUCAUGAGGAAUUGGAUCAUAUCAACUGCUUGGAAUUAAAAGCCAUUCUUUUAGGCCUAAGAUCCCUUUGUAAGGAUACCAAAGAAACUCACAUCCGCCUUCGCUCUGACAAUUCCACUACAGUCGCCUGUAUAGAACGUUGCGGUAGCACUAAGCCUAACCUUAAUACAUUAAUAGAACAAAUUUUUGAAUGGGCUGAGUCAAGGGGAAUUACCUUAUCGGCACAGCAUAUUGAGGGCCUACAAAAUGUGGAAGCAGACAAGGAAUCCAGAGUCAAAAACCUAGAUGCCGAGUGGAUGCUACGGCCCCAUAUUUUCAAGAGACUUUUAUGA